AUAUAAGCGUUUUCAGUUUAGAUGAGAUCAAAAGCGAUCGACAUUGUUAUUCUAACAAAAUAUAUUAAGAAGACAAGACGUGCAUUCCCUAAUAUUUAGUUGAAAUAUGGAGAAAUUUCAAUGUGAUCUAGGUAUUGCACUAAUAUUUUGUUUCGGUUUACUUACAACAUGUAUUGCAAUACAAUCACAAGGCACGAAGUUACGAUUAGUGAGUGCGAUAUUCAGACAUGGCGAUCGUACAAUCGAAAAAAACGUUGAAUCUUAUCCAAAUGAUCCAUAUAAAAAUUAUAACUUUUACCCAGAUGGCAACGGUCAAUUAACUAAUGCUGGAAAGAGGAGAGCGUAUCAAUUAGGAUUGAUAUUAAGAAAUAGAUACAACAGCUUCCUCGGAAAAGUGUACUAUCAGCCAAAUAUCUAUGCACAGAGUACAGAGGUUGUUAGGACUAAGAUGAGCUUAGAGUUAGUUCUCGCGGCACUUUAUCCACCUGCUGAUGUGCAAAAGUGGAAUUCACUGCUUCCUUGGCAACCAGUGGAUUUCAUAUACACUAAUGCGACUUAUGAUACGCUGUUUUAUUCAUAUUUAUGCCCUAAAUAUAUCCGACUUUAUUAUGACAUGUUACAAAAUAAUGAAAUAAUAAAAAAAAAAGUAGCAGAGUUUGCUAGUGUAAUGAAAAGAGUAUCGAUCUACACAGGGAGAAAUAUAACAACAAUGUUUGAUCUCUUUCUUAUACAUGAGACUUUAGAAACAGAAACAGCCCUUGGAUUACGUUUACCAGAGUGGACGCAAAGCUUCUUUCCAAAUGGCGCAAUUAUGGAUGCCACACUUUUACAAUAUGAUCUAUUAAGUUACGGCAUACUAAAUAAACUUAAUGGAGGUGUAUUAUUACGUAAAAUAAUUGACAAUAUGAAUGAAGUGGUCAAUGGAACUUUAAAAGAUCGUAAGCUUAAUCUUUUUUCUGGACAUGACUUGAAUGUGGCCGCCAUAAUGCACGCUUUAAAUAUAUCCUAUGAGAACGUUCCACGGUACACGAGCAGUAUUAUGAUAGAAUUGCAUGAAAAGAAUGGCGAGUUUUUUGUUAAAGUGAUACAUUAUUUAGGCAUUCCAUCAACAUUGAUAGAAAAACGUAUCCCUGGCUGCGAAAUGUUAUGCCCAUAUGAUAAAUUUAUACAAUUAACAUCGGCAUCAACUGUGAUGAAAGAUGAAUUGGAAUGUCCAGAAUUAUUCGUUCGUUAAUUCUAAUAUUUGACGAUUUGAUUUUCGAUUGUUUCUGUUAAUUUUUUCACGAUACAAUAAUUCAUAUGUUAGAGAUUUUAUGGAAUUAACUAUAUAUAU